AUGUCCGCUGGAUCUCCCCUUCCUUCAGUCCAUACAAGAACAGCACCCGGCCCUGCACCCAAUGGCCUGGGGACAGGUCUUUUCGCAUCAGAAGACAUCCGUACCGGAGAAGACGUCCUAAAGAUUAGCACCCCCUUUGUUGCGGUGCUUGAUACGCUUCGAUUGAGCGAUACGUGCUCUGGGUGUUUUGGAAAGAGGCAGUUGAAUGCAGGUGCAGAUCUGGAUUUGAGGGCGUGUACUGGGUGUCAAGUGGUGAAGUAUUGUGAUAGGUCAUGUCAAGCCAAAGACUGGAAGUUUUCUCAUUCUCAUGAAUGCCGGAUCUUCAAAGAACUCUCUCCUCGGGUUCUCCCUAACAACGCCAGGGCAAUGCUCCGGAUGAUACUGCGCAGCGCGAAGAAGAAAUAUAACACUCAAGAAAUUGAUCUCUUCGUCCAGCUGGAGACGCAUAUCCGGGAUAUUAGAGAGCGGAAUAUGGCGCAGUGGGACCGGAUUUCGUUGUCUGCGAAGGCUGUGAAGAUGUAUUCUGGGAUUGAUAUGAAAGAAGAGAUAAUUUCGGCUUUUGGUGCGAAGCUGGAUCUUAAUGCAUUCAACCUCACAAAUCCGUUGUAUGACCGGAUUGGGUUGUACUUGCACCCAUACGCGGCCCUUAUUAACCAUAGCUGUGAUUAUAACUCGACUGUUGGAUUCGACGGGGAUGAACUCUUCGUCAAAGCUGUCAGGCCGAUCAAGAAGGACGAGCAGAUCUUCAUCUCGUAUAUUGACGCUACUAGUCCGUACGACGUUCGUCACAAGGAGCUCUCAGAGCGAUACUACUUUAACUGCCAGUGCUCGAAGUGCUUCAGAGGCACAGAUACACCGGAAGACAAGUUCGUGACGACAACGCAUGGCAGUGCUGCUUUGGCAUCGGCAGAAACAAAAGCACAAACCUUCAUGGAAUCCGCUUCUGCUCCCGACUGUGAGCCAACAGACGCCAUCCGCAAACUGGAAUCAGCCAUGCAUGUCCUGGACCAAACCUCAGCAUGGUCCAUCUCUAGACAGCCCUAUAUCUCCAUACGGGACGAAUUGAUCGCAUCCUUACUCUCCAGCGGACGCUUCAAAACAGCAUUCGUACAAGCCGCAAUUCGCUAUAUCCGUAUUGAUUCAAAAGUCUACCCCUAUAGCUCCCACCCCAUCCGCCAAGUGCAUGCAUGGGCGCUGGCGAAGCUUGCUAUCCACCUGUCCCAGGGGAUAAAUACGAAUUCGGAUGACGACGUUGCGCUUGAACGCUUCGAGUUGAACUUCAGUCUCAUUAUCUGGUCGCUGUUGAAUGGACUGGUCAAUACGGAGUCAGAGAGCUGCACUAUGCCUAGUUUUAAGAGGAUGGUGCGGUUGGCGUUCUAUGAGGUGCAUAAGGAGUUUGCUGCGAAUGGGUUGGAUCCUUCUAACAUGGGGGAUGAGAUUAAGAGGGAGUGGGAGAAGAUAGAGGGAGUUGUUUCUGCUACGUUGGAAAAAAAGUGA